UGGCAGGGCUGGCCGCCGCGUUCUUGAGCUCUGGUCUCCGCAGCAAGGCCCACUCCCGGCUCCCGGGCCCGGAGACUCCACCGCCCGCCUGCCGCACCCACAGGUCGGAGGACCACGCGCCCGCUGCUGCCGGCCUCCCGGCGUGCCCAUGAUCACCCUGUGCCUUUCGGCUGUGCGAGGCCUCCACAGAGCUGGUGGUUCGCGGAUUCUGCUCAGAAUGACGUUGGGAAGAGAGCUGGUGUCUCCGCUUCAGGCCGCAUCUUCCUACGCCACCGCUGCUGGCAGGAACGUGCUAAGAUGGGACCUUUCUCCAGAGCAGAUCAGGACGAGGACAGAAGAGCUCAUCACACAGACCAAGCAGGUGUACGACGCUGUGGGGACGAUCGACCUGAAGGACGUAACUUACGAGAACUGUUUGCAGGUGCUGGCCGAUGUGGAAGUCAAGUACAUAGUGGAGAGGACCAUGCUGGACUUCCCUCAGCACGUGUCGUCUGACAGAGAAGUGCGGGCCGCGAGCACGGAAGCAGACAAACGGCUUUCUCGUUUUGAUAUUGAGAUGAGCAUGAGAGAAGAUGUGUUUCAGAGAAUUGUUCAUUUACAAGAAAACUGUGAUUUGGAGAAGAUAAAGCCUGAAGCCAGGCGAUACUUGGAAAAGUCAAUUAAAAUGGGAAAGAGGAAUGGACUCCAUCUUUCAGAGCAAGUAAGAAAUGAAAUCAAAUCAAUGAAGAAAAGAAUGAGUGAGCUAUGCAUUGACUUCAACAAAAACCUCAAUGAGGAUGAUACUUUCCUUGUAUUUUCCAAGGCUGAACUGGGUGCUCUUCCUGAUGACUUCAUUGAGAGUUUAGAAAAAACAGAUGGUGACAAGUACAAGGUGACCUUGAAGUAUCCCCACUAUUUUCCUGUCAUGAAGAAAUGUUGUGUCCCUGAAACAAGAAGGAAGAUGGAGAUGGCUUUUCAUACCAGGUGCAGACAGGAAAACACUGAGAUUCUGCAACAGCUCCUCCCGCUGCGCGCACAAGUGGCCAGACUUCUCGGCUAUAACACCCAUGCUGACUUUGUCCUUGAACUAAACACUGCAAAGAGCACAAGCCACGUGGCAGCCUUUCUAGAUGAUUUAAGCCAGAAAUUAAAACCCCUGGGUGAGGCAGAACGGGAGUUUAUUUUGAACUUGAAGAAGAAGGAAUGUGAAGAGCGAGGAUUUGAGUACGACGGAAAAAUCAAUGCAUGGGAUCUCCAUUACUACAUGACACAGACCGAGGAACUCAAGUACUCAGUGGACCAGGAGUUCCUCAAGGAAUACUUUCCCAUCGAGGUGGUCACGGAAGGCUUGCUGAGCAUCUACCAGGAGUUGUUGGGACUGUCAUUUGAGCAAGUGGCGGACGCUCACGUUUGGAAUAAGAGCGUUUCACUCUACAGUGUGAAGGAUAAAGCUACUGGAGAAGUGCUGGGGCAGUUCUACCUGGACCUCUAUCCAAGGGAAGGAAAAUACAACCAUGCCGCCUGCUUUGGUCUUCAGCCAGGCUGCCUUCUCCCCGAUGGCAGCCGGAUGAUGUCUGUGGCCGCCCUGGUAGUGAACUUCUCACAGCCCGUAGCAGGCAGGCCUUCCCUCCUGAGACACGAUGAGGUGCGGACUUUCUUCCAUGAGUUCGGUCACGUCAUGCAUCAGAUUUGUGCGCAGACUGACUUCGCACGAUUUAGCGGAACAAAUGUGGAAACUGACUUUGUAGAGGUCCCAUCACAAAUGCUUGAAAACUGGGUGUGGGACAUUGAAUCCCUGCGGAAAUUGUCGAGACAUUACAAAGAUGGAAGUCCUAUCACAGAUGAGCUGCUUGAGAAGCUCGUCGCUUCUAGACUGGUCAACACGGGUCUUCUGACCCUGCGCCAGAUUGUCCUGAGCAAAGUUGAUCAGUCUCUCCAUACCAACGCGUCGCUGGAUGCCGCGAGUGAAUAUGCCAAAUACUGCGCAGAGAUUUUAGGAGUUGCAGCCACACCAGGCACAAAUAUGCCAGCUACUUUUGGACAUUUGGCCGGAGGGUAUGAUGGCCAAUAUUAUGGAUAUCUUUGGAGUGAAGUCUUUUCCAUGGACAUGUUUUACAGCUGUUUUAAAAAAGAAGGGAUCAUGAAUCCAGAGGUUGGAAUGAAAUACAGAAACCUAAUCCUGAAACCUGGGGGAUCUCUGGACGGCAUGGACAUGCUCCAGAAUUUCUUGCAACGUGAGCCAAACCAAAAAGCAUUCCUAAUGAGUCGAGGCCUGAAUGCUUCAUAGACCGGGGAUCCUGGGAACCAUCCAUGUCUGGAGGACAAAUCAACAGCGCCAUGUGUUGCUGGCCUGGAGACUGAAGGGAGUUUUACAAAUGAAAACUUAGAUUUCUAUUGAUUUGCUUUUGUUUUUUAAUUUUAAAAAUUAUACAGAUGUAAAUGGAAUUAUAAAUACUGUGACCUAAGAAAAGACCCACUAAAAAUAAUUGUACUAUAAAAUUUCAUAAAAAUGGAUUUGAUUUCUUUUGAUAAAAGUUUCAUAUGAAUGUAAUUUGAUUUUUUUACUAUUAUAAUCUAGAUAAUAUAAUGUAAGAGGGCUAAGAAUUUUUUAAUUGAAUCACAAACAUGAUAUAAUUUGAUCCUUCUUAUAUCUUGAAGUUUUAUACUUGAGAUUUCUGGAUUGGUAAAUGAAUCAUCACAUUCUGUCUGGUAAAUAUUUUCUCAGAGCCCUGCGUCACCUUUGACCCUCUGCCUCACAGCUGAGUGUCACUUGGCCUUUGACUGCGUGUCUCAAAGCCAGCGGAAUAUGCCUCAGUAAUGACGUUUGUCUUUUGUACAGUGGGCUUUGAUUCUCCGCUUUCUAUCA